AUGAAAGCUAGCUUACAUGGCGUAAUUUCAAAGAAUCAAAGUGCUUUUAUUGAAGGAAGACUCAUUCAAGAAAAUGCAAUCAUUGGGUUUGAAAGGUUGCAUAGCAUGAAGAAAGGAAGAUUUGGCAAUGGUAAGAAAGUGGCCCUUGAGCUUGAUAUGUCUAAAGCCUACAAUAGAGUGGGAUGGUAUUUUAUUGAAGCUAUGAUGAAGUGUUUGGGUUAUGAUGAGAAAUGGGUCCAAAAGUUGAUGAAGUGCAUUAGCUUGGUGUCCUAUUCAUUCUUGAUUAAUGGGACUAUCCAAGCUGAAAGAGCUAAUCAACUCCAUGGUCUCAAGUUUGGUAAGAAUGGUCUUAGACUCUCUCAUUUAUUCUUUGUGGAUGAUAGCUUUAUCUUUUUUGAUGCUUUUUUGGUUGAAGGCAAAGUAUUGGCAGUAAUACUAGCAACUUAUGCUAAACUUUUAGGCCAAUAUAUUAACUUUGACAAGUCUGAGUUGUGUAUUGGAAAACAAGUACAAAAAGAGGAAGGGGCUACUAUUGCAAACUUCUUAGGCGUUAAAUUGGUGGAGUGCCAUGCUACUUAUUUGGGAAUGCCUGCCUUUGUAGACCGAAGGAAAAGGGAUGUCUUUGCUAGCCUAAAAACUAAAGUUUGGAACAAACUUCAAAGCUGGAAGUCUAACCUAUUUUCACAAGCAGACAUGGAAAUCCUUAUCAAAGCAGUCAUACAAGCCUUACCUUGUUACAUCAUGAGUUGUUUCAAGUUACCCAAACGUCUUCUUUAUGAGUUACAAUCCAUGGAAGCUAGAUUUUGGUGGGGGUCUACUACAAAUAAGAGAAAGAUGCAUUGGUGUAAAUGGAAUCAUUUAUGUAAGUGA